AUGCGCUGCUGCGCAGUGCGGGCCGCCGAGCAGCAGCAGCCGCUCCCCCUCUUUGCCGACGGCUACGCAGCGGCGCUGGUGGAGGCGGUCGGGGCGGCAGCAGCAGGCGACGGCGACGGCACGGGUGCGGCAGAUGCGCAGCGGGAUGCGCUGGCCACCCGCUUCCUGGAUGAGCAGCUGCUCAAGGCUGUGACCAUCGUGAACACGGAGCGGGACCUCACGCAGGAGUACAACCAGGUGGUGCUGGUGGGAGACGCGCUGGACACGCGCCCCUACCGCCUGCCAUGGCCCGAGGGCACAGUCAUCUUCUGUGUGGCGCCCGCCGAGGCGCACCGCCAGGCGGAGGCCGCGCUGCGGGCGCAGCAGGCGCGCGUGCCCCGCAGCUGCCUGCUGCGCCGCGUGCCCGCCGACCUGCAGCAGGCAGACGGCGGCGGCUUUGCAGGGGCGCUGGAGCGGGCCGGGUUCCGGGGGGACAGGCUGUCGGUCUGGGUGCUGCAGGGCGUCAGCUGCCUGGGCCUGGGCACCGCCGCCCUCACCACCCUCUUCACCGACCUGUGCAACAUGGCCGCCUUCGAUAGCCUGGUGGCGGGCCUGAUGCCGCCCAUGGACCGCCGCAGCCUGGACAACCUGCUGGCCAGCUUUGGGCUGCUGGGGGCGGGCGUCGACUUUGGGGUGCAGACAGACUGGGGCCGGUGGGAGGAGGGGCUGGCGCUGGACCCUGGCAGCGUGAGGCCCUGGCUGUUUGUGGCGCAGCAGAAGCGGCUGUCCCUGGGGGAGAUGGGCAUCUAUGAUGAUCACGUGGCGGCGGCAGAAGAGGUGGAUGAAGACAACUUCUUUGGCAACUUCAGCUGA